ACUGGGUGUAACCUUGUUGAAUCAGUGAGACUGGAGGAGGUUGGAGGCUGGACAAUAGUUCUGAGCUGGGUUGCUAAGAGCUUGGAAUUCCCCGUGGGGAGGGGAGCAAGGGACCUCCAGAGGGGGGCGGGCCUCACCCUGCUGAGCGGCAGGCAGCUGCACCAACCGCAGAGCUGGCUGGGAGUUACCUGGUGGGGCUGCCUCCGCUCAGGUGUGUCCGGGAGUUCUGCCCCUGGACAGACUUUCCGGGAAGGGAGCUGGGCAUGGAGCCCAUCGGUGCCUGGAGCCCUGUGAAGGUGGCGCAGUGGCUGAGAGGCCUGGACAAGGUGCUGCAGCAGUAUCCCUUUGAGACGUGGUCCCUGACCGGGAACGAUUUGCUGCAGCUGUCCUAUCGGCGCUUGGAGGAGCUGGGCCUGAGGCGUGUUGGCCAUCAGGAGCUCAUUCUGGAAGCUGUGGAGCAGCUGUGCGUGCUGAACUACGAGCUGGAGACCACCAGCCUGGGGACGCUGACGGAGAAGCUGCAGCAAGUCGCUUGGACCACCCGGACCCUCAUCCUGAGCCGCAGGAAGGUGACCGCGUAUGAUGGCGAGGCCAUCGAGACGCCCUCCCCGGACCUCCUGGCCUGCAUCGCUGAGCUGAUCACGGCGGCCAAGGGGCUCUUCACCUGGCUCAGCAGGUAUCUCUUCUCUCACCUGAAUGAUUACUCAGCCAGCCGGGACAUUGUCUCGCUCUGCGGAGAACUGGCCCAGAUCCUGCAGAAGGACUGCGGAGUGUCUGAGAGAGAGAACCGGAUCCUGCUGAUUUGCAGGCACCUCGUGGGGAUCUGUGAGAACAUCUCGAGCUGCAGCCCGGCAGCCCUGCUGAACCAGACUGCCAUCUUGGAGAGCGUCGACCUCGUGCCCACCGAGCCAGAGGACAGUCUGGGCAUCGAGAUCAAAUCCACUAACUCCUGCCUCCACUUCAUAGCGGGAACCGCCACUAAGUCUCCAGCUGACGACUGCAGCCAGAUCCUGCCGGGGGAUGAGAUCGUUCAAGUCAACGGGCAGGUGGUGGUGGGUUGGACUCGAGUGAAUCUGGUAAAGAAAAUACUCGAAAAGCCAAACCAGGUGACGUUGGUGCUGAAGAAGAUUCCACUAACCUCUGUGGGGUCCCCGUGUUCCCCCAGGUCUCCGUGCCAUCAGGCACCUGGCAGCUUCUUGGGCGCUGCAGAAUCUCCUGGCUUGGAAAGCAAUGACUCUCCAGUAAGCUUGGUCCCCCUGCCUUCCAGCGUGAUCGCCGGGUUGGAAUCGGGGCUGGACUCUGCGCUGGAUCUCGCCACUGACGAAGAGGAGGAGUUUGUCUCAAGCCACCCCAGAGAGGAGACCAGGGACUUCCUACGGCAACUCCCCACUGAAGGCGCUUCAGCAGCCCCUACGUUGGAGAUCCAAGCUUUGGGGGCAGGAUUUGAAGGGCGCAGCUCCCCCAUUGCUGUCACUCCAGCCAGACCCAGCACCUUGGAACUCGGAUCUAAGGAUUCCCCAGAGAACGGAAUUGGGAGCAGAAGUCGGGGACCAGAAUCUCCCGCUCUUCCAAACAAGAGCAGCACCAAGAGUUGCUCCAGGCAGAAAGGAGUGGCUACCAGGCUGAGCCGCCGGCGGGUGUCCUGUCGGGAGCUGGGCAAGGUGGACUGCGACGGCUGGCUCCUGAAGAAGAAAGACCACGUGGGAUUCAUGUCCCAGAAAUGGAAACGCUGCUGGUUUGUGCUGAAGGGCCACAUUCUCUACUGGUACAACCAGCCCAGUGACGAGAAAGCCGUAGGCCUGAUCAACGUGUCGACCUACGACCUGGAAAGCACCCGGGAGCAGAAGAAGAAAUAUGUCUUCCAGCUCUGCCAUGAGAAGUACAAACCUUUCGUCUUCGCAGCAGAGACUCUGGCUGAUCUGAGCAUGUGGGUGAGUAGUUUGAUCACUGCAAAAACCAAAUACAAGCUGGCCCAGGAAUCGCUCCCGCAUAGAGAAGAAGACUGCUACAGUGAGACGGAAGCUGAGGAUCCUGACGACGACUCUCCCAGGCCUGGCUCUGAUCUGCUGCCAAGGAGAAGGGAGCUGCUCACCACGCUGGAGAGAGCCCAGCCCGGUGCUGCAAUGGGGAGCCCUGACUCCACCGGCCCAGUGGGGAGCCCCGUCCCUGGCAGUGGCAGGCCCUGCUCGCCCCUGGACUCCCCUGGCGAAGAACUGGAGUCCCUAAUUAAGUGUCUGAAGCAAGGCGGGGUGUCUCUCAUCGGCACGCGCCAGCUCGUGACCCACGAGCAGUACCGCAAAUCCUUCAUCAAGCGCAACAAGAACCCCCAGAUCAACGAGAGAGUUCACCUGGUCCGGGCCCUGCAAAGCACGCUCAAAGCGAAGUUGGCUGAGCUCCAGAUCCUCAAUCAGCUCCUGAACGACUCGGAACUGACCUCGGAGAAAUUCAGACACUGGAAAGAAGAGCAUCAGGAGUUAUACCAGGAAAUCCACCAGUGGUGGGUGCACCGGCCAGGCCAGGCUGAAGCGGAACUAGAAGCGGAACUUGGCGCUGAAUCCAGUCCACAGGAAGCUGCCGGUGCGAGGCCGUAACACAUGGAAACAAGGCAGAUCCCGGGCAAUAACGUUCCCUUCAUGAACCUCAGUGCAGGGAAUAACACGUCCUCCUCUCAUUCCAGAGAGAGAGUCCUGUCAUCUCUGUCCCAUGAAGAAACGCGGUGCUCUGAGAGCAAGGAGGAAUGCUGCUUGCUCACAACACGCAGUGCGUCAAUGUAACUGGAAAGUGGGAUGCAUUUUAAAGACCCCGUUUAAGACACCUUAGAGCAGGAUUUUAUGUAGGGAACCACUUUUGACAAAGCCUUGUAAUUCCGGGGACUGAGGGAGGAAUUCUCGGAAUGGAUCCUCGGUUGGGUCUAAAGAGAAUUGCUUGUUUUAAAAGAACUGCUGUUUCCAUUUCCCAGGGAUGCUUAAUUAAUCUGCAUCCAUAUACUUCACUGAGUAACUGACCCCAGCGCUGUGAGGCCAGAACAGUCCCUCUGGGUAUAAUUCUGAGACUGGGAUAUUCAACAUGUUGAUGCCUUGGCAUUUCUCAUCACUCGACAUCCAGCCAGAGCCCGAUCAGAACCAAGAGCCCGUGUGACGGAAGAUCUUUUAUGGAUAGAAGGAUCAGAGAAGUGCUGCCUGGCCCCCUCUGGCUCUGCUUGCGGCGGUAAAUAUUCAUUUGAUAAAGAAAGGCUGGUUUUCAUAUAUGUACAAAUAAUUCUGUGUGACAGUAUUUGUGAGUGGACAGAGUCAGACUCUUUAAGUGCCAUUCUGGGCUCUGCUACUAACUCCAGGUGUGACCUUGGGCGAUUGCCUUAGUUUCCCUGUAUGUAAAAGGGGAUAAGACAGAUCUGCCUCUCAAAGCUGCUGUAUACUUUCAUUAAUUCAUGUGGCCAAAGCUCUUUGAGCUCCCCUGCUGCAAGGCCUUGUUACAGAUGUAGGCUGGCAGUCUGAGCCCGAAUAAAGAUCUGAUCCAGCUCCCCUCGAAGGCGAGGGAUGUGUUUGCUGUUGA